AUGCAGUUUUCAGAUCUCCCACCUGAAAUCAUUCAGAUUAUAAUUGAUUCACUUCCGCUUGAUUGGUUGGGCUACUUGAAAAAUUCCCCGGAAUGGAUCAGUCACUUUGCUUUUAGAGCCUAUUAUAGAAAUAUAUCACAUUUCCCAAGAUAUCAGGCUCGCCUGCCACCAGAAGGAGAUCCUUGCUAUUAUAACAUAUUGGAUGAGUCCAAAUCGCCCUUUGAGUUAGAUUUUGAGAAGUUUGUGAACUUUUGGAAUUUUGAUGAGUUGCGGUCGUUUUUUCAUACGCAUCCCCAUUUUAGCCCUUCUCAGAUAGCUUUUGAAAAUGCAGAUUCGCUCAUAAGAUUCAAUAAUCUUUAUAAGGGAGUAGUAGAAAGUGCCGAAAGAGUUAUUAUUUGCACUCUCCAUCCAAUACCUGACAAUGAAAUGAUAUCUUUGAGGAAAGUACCUCAUCUCAUCUAUAGAGCAUGGUGGACAAAGCGACCCGAUGAAGACUUGUUCCCAGUGGAAGAUGAGACAUACUUAGAAUCUUUUAGGGAUGUUAUUGAUAAGGUCGGAUUGGUAGAGGUGGAUUGUAUUCCCACCCCACGGGGUCACUUUCGAAGUUUAUCAUUCGAAGCUGGGGUACUUAACGGGGAUGAGAUACAUAAAGUAGAGUUGCCGGAGUUUUUAACCUAUAUUGAACUUAAAACCUGGAUGGGAAAUGAUAGUGUUAAGAAAUUGAAAUUGGAGUCGGCUAACCACGUGAAACAUAUUUCUUUUAAAGACGGAUAUUUUGAUGGAUUUGAUAGCAUUGAACUUCCUAAAGGAUUGAAAACCCUACAAUUACGGAAUUGUAGCAUGUUGGGGUUUACUCAUUUUGAUGCAUUUGACUAUUUGAAUACGUUGAUAAUAGAGUACGGAUCCUCACCAAAAUUUUGUUAUGACUGUUUUAUUAAUACGGUACUCCCAAAUUCCCUAAAGAAAUUAGUAGUUCGAAUUGAUCCUUACUUGUAUAGGAUAGAUGAAGAGUUUAUUCCGCAACACCAAGAAUUCUUCGAUCAUGAGAAAAGGUUUAUCGUUGACUAUAGGGUUAAGUUACCCAAAAAAUUAGUGGAAUUCCAUUUAGAUGGUUAUGGAUACAUAGCAAUAAACCAUACUUGGAAGAUGCCCGAUAUAAUAUCUAGAUUGGUGUUACUCAAUAUUCCUAAGAUAGCCAAUUUUGAAAAGUUACAUCUUCCAUUGCAUUUGAAGGUAUUUUUCUUUGAGAGCCUUGACUUGAUUAGUUUGGAAGGCAUUCAAUUUCCCGAGAAUUGCGAAGUCUUAGCAACAAGAAAUGCUUAUUUGCUGAAGGAAGCUUUCCAUACCUGCAAUUUAUUGAAGUUAAGAAAGCUCAAAACGUUGAGUCUACUGAAUGAACAGUCAUGUUUAGGAUACCUCCAUGAUUGGUUGUUACUGGAGGCCGACUUUAGCCAUCUAACUGCCAUAAGGCGAAUUAACUUGAGUGGGAUAAAGUCAAGUGCAGGUUUUGCCAUGAAGGUACCAAAUGAGCUAGAAGAUCUCACAAUUGUUGAGACUCUGAUUAACAGCAUCUCACCCUCAUUUGAAUUUCCAAUAUAUCUAAGAAAUUUUAGGGUAGCUUGUUUUCACCUUAACCUGAAUAUAUUGAAUAAUUUGCCGUGUUGCUUGGAAAACCUAAGCGUUCAUGCAGCCCAUGCGGAGCCAUUACAUGAAUCAUUUAAGAACUUUUAUAGACUUCGAAAUGUGGAAUUAGACUUCCCCAUAGAUAACACAUCCUUUGCAAACAUGCACCUAGAGAGAUUUCAAGGGAUAUCAAAUCUAACAUUGCAUACAGCCAUGACACAUUUAGACACCUCGCAAUUACCACCUAGUCUUAUAAACCUUAGAUUGCUGGCGCCAUUGACAUCCAUAGACGGUGACUUUCAAAGGCUCAAAAACUUAAGAUGUCUCGGUUUGUGGUAUUGCAAUCCUGGACGUAUCUAUGAAAACCGUGGAUGCCUUCUUUCCCUAAGUCCACUGUUGGCUGUAUUAGCGUUGGAAAAAUGUGAAGGGUAUAGGUUCAACUUGGUGGAAUGGACCACUUCGCUCAAUUGGUUAGGGGUGGAUUUCUUUGAAAAGCCUUGUAUUGAUGAUAUCGUGGAAAUGUGUGAGUUUUAUGUUCGUUAUAAGAAAACGUAUAUUGAUCUCAAUUUUAAAGAUCCAAGGUUGGAGGUGUAUGAUCGGCGUUGGGUACAAUCGCACAACAAGGUCAAAAAAUGUGAAUGA